AUGCCAAUGACAUAUAUGCGAGCGUUUAUCGCUCUUUUUAUAUACCGUUACAUCCGUUUGGUUAUCAAUCUGUUUUCCUUCUGGACCUUCAAACCGAUCCCGCCCCCGGAAAACCCGAAAUUGACCGCACAAGAUGUGACAGUUAUUCUUCCUACCCUGGAGGGCUGUGGCGACGAACUAGAGAGAACAAUUGAAACAAUUCUUUCAAAUCGUCCCUAUGAGCUUCUCAUUGUGACAAUUGAAGCGAACCGGAAAAAGGCAGAAGCGAUGCUGAGUCGUAUGCCUGCUGCUCAGUCAAGGAUUCGCUUGUUCACGGUCACACAUCCUAAUAAGCGUCGCCAGAUGACUAGAGCGAUCCCCGAAGUUCGAACAGCUAUUACGGUUUUUGCAGACGAUGAUGUGAUUUGGCCACCAAAGGUGCUGAUGUGGAUGUUGGCGCCUUUCGAAAAGAACGAGCGGUUUGGAGGCGUGGUAACUUGUCAGCGCCUUCGUCGCGCUGUUUCCCCCACAUUGUCCCAGCGUCUGUGGGGGUUUCUUGGAGCCCUUUACCUUGAACGGAGAAAUUUCGAUUGCGCCGCUACUACCCAUAUUGACGGCGGACUUCCUUGUAUGUCUGGGCGAACUGUCGCCUACAGAACACAUAUUCUUCAAGACGAUGGGUUUACAUAUGCUUUUACAAAUGAAGGAUGGUGGUUUGGAAAGUACCAGUUGAACGCUGACGACGACAACUUCAUCACCCGUUGGAUGGUUUCGCACGGUUGGAAUACCUAUAUGCAGUACCAUCCUGAGGCAGAGGUUCAGACCACCCUCGAAGAUAACCCAAAGUUCCUGAAGCAAUGUGCACGAUGGUCUCGAAGCAACUGGAGGAGCAACCUCACAAGUAUGUUUGAUGAGAAACACAUUUGGUAG